UUUUGUCUAUUAAUCAAAAUAUUCUUGUUUUCUUUUCUAAACUUUCAACAGAAAAAGGGUUCGUAAUUUUAUUUUAAUUCUGAAAUAUUUGAUUUCUGUUUGAACUCUAGAAGUGACCCCUGAUACAUGGUCACCAAUGGGAGACAAGGAAUUAAUUAAAAUCGUUCCAGUCACAAAUGGACCAGAAUAUGAUGACAUCCAAGCCACUUUCCAUCGGAAUUUGCCUUCCUAUCGUAUAAUCAAAAUUGAGAGAAUUCAAAAUAAAACAUUGUACCAGGGAUACCAAGCACUGAAAAGAAAGUUUGAGGCAAAAAAUCCAAACAUUACAAAUGAAGUUGAUGGCCUUUGGCAUGGUACUGCUGAAAGAGCUGUUAAGGGAAUAAAUAAAUCAGGAUUCAACCAUAGCUAUUGUGGUAGAAAUGCCACAGCAUAUGGUGAAGGUGUUUAUUUUGCCAGAGACAUCCAAUAUUCUGCAAGUGAUACCUAUUCUACUCCUGACCAUCAAGGAACAAAGAGAAUAUACCAAUGCAGUGUUCUUGUGGGAAGAGUGAUGCGAGGACAACACGGAUUAAAAGUUUUACAGGAAUCUUACAAUUCUGCUGUUGAUAAUAUUCACAGACCCAAUAUUUAUGUUAGUUUCCAUGACUCUCAGGCAUAUCCUAAUUAUUUGAUUACAUUCUCUAAUCAUUGAAUAUAAUUGGAAUUCAGAAAACACAUAUAAUGUGAACAGGAAUAUAUUUAACAGAAGAAAGACAAAGAAAAUAAAGGAAAUUCUCUAAUUCUAGGUGCAAUCCCAGGGUCUUUUGUAAGAAUAAAACUAUUCAAUAGAAUAUUUUUCUAUCAUUCACA